AGAGAGAUGGGCACAACCUCUAUGGAUAAAGAAAAGAAAGGCUAUAGAUAUGGGGCAGGUGCAUGCGAGCUGACCAAUCAGGAUUUAGGAUAGGGGUUGCCGCGGCAACUGCGAAAUGCUAGUAAACAUGGAGCUAAGGCGUGUGGUGAUUGGCUGGGAGGCUGUGACGGGAGGGAUAGUACAGUUUCUAUAGCGACGCGCUGUGCCGCUCUGAGGCUGUGAGGCCCCUGUGGAAGAUAACUCCAGCCAACCUGUAUGCCAUUAAGGAAUCAUGGCUUUCGCAGCUCCUAAGCACAUGGAGGGCCCCAAAUUACAAACCAAAAUGAGUACAUGGACCCCAUUAAACCACCAGCUCAUGAAUGACAAGGUGUUUGAAGAAAGAUGUGCGCUGUUGGGGAAAUGGUUUGACAAGUGGUCGGAUGCCCAGAGGCGCAGGAUAUUGACUGACCUGUUGGAGAGAUGUUCCCUAUCCCAGCUAAAGUUCUGUAACAGCCAUUUGCAAGAAAAGGUGCCGAGGGAGGCCCUGGAUUUCACCAGCAUCCUUCCCAGAGUUCUGUCCCUCUACAUCUUCUCUUUCCUGGAUCCGCGGAGCCUCUGCCGCUGCGCUCAGGUUAGCUGGCACUGGAAGAGCCUGACAGAACUAGACCAGCUGUGGAUGCCCAAGUGCCUGCGCUUCGGCUGGUACAUCAACUUCUCGCCCACUCCUUUCGAGCAGCGAAUAUGGAAGAGGCAGUACAUAGAGAUGGUGAAGGAGCUGCACAUCACCAGGCCAAAGACUCCGCCAAAGGACGAGUUUGUGGUUAUUGAUGUUCAGCCAAUUGCCAAAGAAGCAGCAGAUACCAAGUUCUCCCCCACAUACACCUACUAUCCCAAGUCCAGCAAAUCACAAGGAAAGAAGGACCUUCCCCCGUGGCGUUCCUCUGACAAGCACCCAACUGACACCGUGCGAUUCAACUACUUGGAUAAUUACGACCCUAUCGAGCAAGGCCGGCUGGUACGCAAGGUGACAGUCGGCCAGCAGAACUCGGAGAGAAAGCGGAGACCCACAUCAGCGUCGUACAAACUGCGCAAAGCCAAAUCCCUGUCGAAAGGUUUCCCGGGGAGGGACGGUAACCUGCAGAUUUCCCUUUCUGCCGAGCUUUGCAACAGGCCAAAAUCCGCACCGAGGCCGAGCUGGGCGGCCAAUCAGUUGGCAGAGUACCCCGCGACUAAGGCCACAGCCAAGAUCCUGGCACAGAGCACAGAGUGGAACGCGGGGAUACGCCCUUGCCCAGUGCGCCCACCAAUGCCCAAGAUGGCGGAACGUGGAAAGAAAGCUAUUUCACAAACCCCCCCGAUGCCGCAGUUUGAGAGCCAGCCCUGGCAGGUACCGUCGUCCAAUCACGGGUCGGAUGAGGAGUAGGCGGGUCUGGCAGAGCUCACUGGCCAAUGAGAGUCGGGUUUGUUGCACCUACAGCAGGAAGCUCAGCGGAUUAAUCAGCCCCAAGAUCCAUUUUCCUUUGUUCAGACUUCUUCCUCCCUUUGUGGUGCCCAGUGCCUUAUACCAAUUCCCUCUCUGGAUUUCUUCCCCCCCCCCCACGUACAUGGUUUGUCCCUCCCUGAAUGAUCACAUGACAUCACUGUGCCUUAGCGCAAAGGAAGAUACCAUCAGGCGGACACAGUAGGGGCCACAAUCCUGCUGCUCUGACUGCGUGAUCCAAUCUGAUUCUGUGUCAUUUGGUCCCUUACUGGUCCUUUAACCUGAGGCUCACACACACUUGUGCCUCUUCCCCAAGGAACAUGUAUCAGGGAAUAAUGGUUCCUACUCUGCGCUCAGUGCAUGGGAUGGAGCAUUAGGAGUAUCUGACCCACACGUGGCACCGGCGCCAAGUGCCUCAUAGUUACUGUAUCUGAUUGAGCAUUUAGAUUUAGUAGCAUUUAAUAUGAUGUGCCCCCCCCCAUA